UUUGGUGUCAAAUAUGUUUUUUUGCUGUUCACACAUCAAAUCAGUAAGGAGAUAAUGGGGUUUGUAUUACCUUACUGUUACAAGCAGCAGGCAGAAAAGGGGGCAUUCAUGUCAUACAUCUCACCUUUUCUUAAGUGGUGUGAACAUACUGAACUUAGUAUGCAAUCCAUAUACUAUUGAUGACAACACCUGCACCAGAUAUUUAUUAGUGGUUCUUACAACCUGUAUAACUACAAGAAGUUAUCACUGCUACCUACCACCCACCCACAUUAAUUCAAGAUUCAUAUAUCUCCAACCAAAACUUUAAACAGCAUCUAAGAGAUGCUUCUGCAAGACUUGAUGGACUGGAAAACCUGAAUCCGAAAGAGACCUGCCACCCACCCAGAUCAAUUCAAGAUCCAUAGACUUGUGACCAGAACUUAACAGCUGUUGAAAAUGCUUCUGAAAGAAGUUUGGAAUGUACAUAUCUUACAAAAUUAUCCAUACAUAUGGGCCAAAUUUGAUAAGAGUCAGUUAAGAUAUGUAUGCUUUUGAUUGCUUGUGGAAUAUGUCUGCUCUAGUAACCUUAAGGAUAUUACAGAUGGUCAAAUGGUGCCAACAUUUGGCUCUCAUCCAGGGACAGUUCUCGAUCUCUCAUGUAUUGGGCUGACCACCCACAAAGUACUGUGACAACAUGGGCAGAAAACAAGGUACUGCAAAAGUCAAGACGAAAGGACCAAAGCUGGAGCUGGUUUUCAAUGAAAAUGACAGAAGAAAUUAUCUCACCGGCUUCAAGAAACGCAAACAGGAGCGACGUGAAACUGCAAUGAAGAAGUUUGACACCCGCUUCAAGCAGGAAAAAAAUCGCAUCAGACAGGAGAAGCGCGACAACCGCGUGUCACACGGUCCGACCGUGCUGCCGGACAACAUGCUCAUCUCGGAGGAGCCGGAGGCGGUGACGCACGAGCUGGACCGGCACACCGUCAGUGUGUCCACCAUCCGCCACAUCGACCUGAACGCUGGUGGCCUCUUCCCUGGUGGUCAGCUGACCGCUGAGCCCGAGGAGGAGGAGGAGCAGGACGAGGAGCAGAAGGAGCAGGAGGACCAGGUGCCCGGGAUGGAGCUCAAGGCAAGUGUCGCGGCUCAGCCACCAGAGAAGGCUGUUUCGCAGCGCUCGCGGCAGAAGAUCCUCCAGGCCAAGGCCAAGCUGCAGGAGAAGAAGAACAGGAAAAAGAGCCAGUGCCUGCAGAAACAUAAGGCUCGGGUGCGCAAGAAGCACAUGAAGCUCUCCAACCAGCUGAAACGGCAAAAGCGAAAAGGCACCGCCUAGAGCUGGGUUUGCCAGCACUUGCCCUGAAGGUUUCAGCGAAUGGCUUGCGAUGUUCGUAUGUAUUGGGGAGUGUCAUCAUCCAUGCGUUGUUAUUGACUCCACCGUUUUUCAUUUAUAGGAUUGUGUUUGGCGGCGUUGAUAGCGUGCUGAAAUCUGGCGUGCUGUUACGCGGCAUAGUGAACCGAGUUAAACACGUGUUGCAUUGCAACAGAGCUACAUAUUUGUGGUGAAAAGAGACGGGCUCCCUGCUGACGUGCCUGGACACGUGUUUAACUCGCACUCAUCCGCUACAAUCACUGCUGUGAGUACCGUCCAACCAGCAUACAUGAA